AUGAGCAUCAAGUCGACCUCAAACCCUGGCAAAAACCCCAGGGUCGUAGGGCCAACAGGCUCUUACGUCCGGGAGUUGAUUCCCCCUAAUGUCGGCACAGGGCCUCAUCGCAAGAAUGUCCAGGCUGUGACACUCACUGUUUGGAUUACAACAGCCUGUCUUGGCACAGUUCUCUAUUACCAAUCAUGGCUUAGCAUUGGGUCAAGUUAUAGAGCCGCAGCCCUUGGGCUUGUCUUCCCUGGCGCAGGAUAUCUCGCCAGCGCCAAUCCGUUAGGCUACAUACUUCUUGUUCUUACUUUAGCCGCUAUUCCUCCGGCCCUGUUCGCAUGGUUCGGAGCUGGCGCCAUUAUCUUUCCCAUCCUCGUUUGGGGGCUCUCCAUCUUAGGCGCAUACGCCGUUACGCCCGAUACCGUUUGGGAGUCAGCAGGCCUCUAUGCCUUUGGCGGUCUUGUAGCAAUGUUUGCGUAUGCAAAUCGGUCUGCAAGUGCCGAACGGAUAAGAGGCCUGAAGACACGCGAAGCUAGAAAUGUCAUCAUCCCACGGCAGCUCGCUCGGAUGGACGAGGCUGCUGCCAGAGAGUCAAAGCCAGAAGAGGAUGAAGAACUUGAUUUAGAAGCUCUUCGAAAGCUUCAAUUCCUUUUCGAUCAGGCUUUUCAGGAUCUCGACGACUGGUCUGGCUUCACCGUUAUCGACCAGUUCCAGACGUCAGCUCUACGAUACCAGAUAUACCAGAUGAUGUACAUCCUUGGGCUUUACCAGGCAGUAUAUGCCCCCAAUGUGCAUGGAUACGUUUCAGAGGCCUUUCGGAGAAUCAUUGAAAGGUCUCUAACCAAAAAGGUCCUCGAGUUCUGGAAGUGGGAACGACUAGCUGGAAAGUUCUCACUAGAUUGGGACCCGGUUCAGCACGACAACAUCAUGGUCACAGGCUUUCUCCUUCAUGGUGUCAUGCUUUACACGGCCAACACUGGAGAUUACAGAUACACCCAGCCUGGGAGCCUCAACUUUCACAUCACCGACAACCGAUGCUACAAGUAUAGCGUUCAUGAUCUGCAAGAGUCUCUAGUUAGACAGUGGUCGUCGAGCCCCUACUUCCUCAUCCCCUGCGAGCCAAACUGGAUCUACGUCAUGUGCAAUCUUCAGGGAAUGACAGGUGCAGUUCUUUACGACCGUGUUUUUGGGACCAAGGCGACGCAGAUGCUUCUCCCCUCGUUCGAGGAGUCACUCAACACCAACUUCACCGAGACUAGUGGUAGUGUCUUGACUAUCCGCUCCGAGCUCACAGGUUUCGCAAUCCCCGGCAUUGCUGGUGUUGCUGGAGACCUAGCUGUCGUCAUGAUGGGCUCUGGGCCUCUGCGCAAUCUCUCGCGUCGACUCUGGGCCGUCGUCCGAGAGGAAAAUGUGGUUUUCGAUGAGGAUACUAAAGAACUUUCCAUGACAGGCUUGGUCGGUGCCGACAAUAUUGACACUGGAAACUACAUGUCAAGCGCCAACGCCGUGUUCUCGCAAGUAGCUAUUGGCGCAGCGGAGUAUGGCGAGGAGGCGCUCAAAUCGGCUGCGAUUGAGAAGCUCGAGAAGGAAUGGGGUCUCUUGACUACUUCAUCGGGAGCUAAGUCGUUUGAUCUCACCAAAUGUUCAACUCUCAUGAACUACGCGGCCUUGACAGCGGUUCUGCUUCGCCCCAGAGCUUACAACCGCAUGGUCCAAAAGGGACCAUCGGAGACAGCUUUGAACGGCCCAAUUCUGUCUGAAGUUCCUUACCCAGGUGUUUUGGUCGCUAAGGCACGGUCGCAUACAUCCAAGGACUUGGAGCUCGUCCUUUAUCCCUCGGCAGAUGACGGAGUCUUCAAGCUGGGCAUUUCUCGUUUGGAGCCUGGCGGACAAUACGAAUGUCAGGGGAAGACGGUCACUGCUGAUGAAGAGGGUAACCUGUCGUUCUCUGCCACAGUUAGUGGUCGAACAAGGUUACACAUCCGCUCUGUGUAA